AUGGCACCGACCGCAGAGGAAAAGGUUGUGUCCAUCCGCGACCCGAUCCCGCGCGGGUACAUGUUCGUCCCGAAGGGAAAUAGCUACAUCACCAUGAACUGUCGCAAGCAGACCAAGGAGCAGAACAGUCCUAUGUACGUCGUCCUAGACAAUAAGAAGCAGCAAGUAGGCAUCCGAGUGCCGAUCGCAGUCUAUCAGAAAGUUCAGCAACAAGAGAAGGCAACGCAUGCCUCGCGAGCUCAAGCAACUAAGCGAAGAGACGACAAGACGGUCUCUAAGUUGAAAAGCGCAAUUCUCGGGCUAUUCCCCCAAUUGCCUGCCGAGGAGCUCCCUCUUGUCGUUAAGCACGCCACGACAAAGCACAGCGGCAGAGUCGGAAGAACAGCGACCAAAAGCAUUGCCGAGAAGGCCAGCCUUGCCGUCCGAGCGCAUGUUCGCCACCUUCAUACCGAGUACGACAAGCUCUUACGAAGCGGUACUUCGAGAGAUGACGCGCGCAAGCAGGUUCAGAAGGAUAUUGAUGCGGUCUUGUUGAAGUGGGGAUGGAAGCCGGAGGAGGAGCACCGAACUAGGCCUCACGGUGGUAGCAAGCAGAUGAACCCCCACAAGAGCACCUCGAGUCGCAAGCACACCAAGCCCUCCACACGCCCUUCUCUAAGUGACAAGAAGUUAGCCAAGCGCGGAGCUAACGCCGCACUCGCUGCCGAGACCCAACGCAAGGCACUCACGGCGAAGGCAGUUAAGGCACCGAAGGCAUAA